AGGCUUGCUCAAAGCUACAUGAUGUAUCCAGCAUCGCCUCUCAAACCACAAUCUGCUGCAAAUGGCAGCGACGAACAACAGGCUGAUCAAUGGAAUGCAUCUAACGACAUGCUCCUUUGUCCACCCUAUUUUGACAAAGCGCUUGGAAUUGACGACUCAUGGAUUAGACGUGGAAUUGUUGUGGGAGUUCCAGACGCUGGUAUCAAUGCGAACAACACGUUUAUACGAGGAAACAUGAUAGAAAGGCUUGCUCAAAGCUACAUGAUGUAUCCAGCAUCGCCUCUCAAACCACAAUCUGCUGCAAAUGGCAGCGACGAACAACAGGCUGAUCAAUGGAAUGCAUCUAACGACAUGCUCCUUUGUCCACCCUAUUUUGACAAAGCGCUUGGAAUUGACGACUCAUGGAUUAAAUAUAAUGUCACUGGACGUGGAAUUGUUGUGGGAGUUACAGACGCUGGUAUCAAUGCGAACAACACGUUUAUACGAGGAAACAUGAAAUCGGAUUUGUCCUACAACUUUGUAGAUAACAUCACACAAACAGGUCCUACCAGUUCAUUAAGAACAGGUCAUGCGAUUGCGUGUGCCGGACUCAUCGCUCGCCCAAAGACGGGUGAUACAUGUGUUCCUUGUGGAAUAGGUGUUGCACACGGAGCAAAAGUGGCAGAUUUGCAGAUUGCAAGGAGAGGAGAAAGAACUUGGAUGAUUCAAGGCAUGGACUCUGCUAUUAUUUCAAGGGCGUUAGCUUUUAGACGUGAUGCUAUACAGAUAUAUUCAAAUAGUUGGGCUCCACCAAGAGCGUUUAUGAAAUCAGACUUCUAUGUGGAAGAGGUUCUGACUGAAGGAAUGAACAAAGGUCGGCACGGUCUUGGUACAGUUUACGUUUUCCCAGCCGGACAACCUGGAUCUGGUUUUGCAAAUCAUAUUGCAAGCAUUACCGUUGCCUGUUUAGGUGUCAAUGGUUCCGUCGCUGAUGUUAGCGCAGUCAAUGCUGCGACACUCGUGUCUGUGUUUUGCAACGGUAGAAAGAGAAAGGAUCAACGAAUGAUAACAGUCGGAGAAGACGAGACAAUGUGUGGCACAAGCAUCGCCGGUGAAUCUGCUGCAACGGCAAUUGUUUCUGGAAUGAUUGCUCUUCUGUUGGAGGCAAACCCUGUCUUAUCAGCAAGAGAUGUGAAACAUAUAUUAAUUGAAUCAAGCAGCCAUCUAGGGAUACAAGCAACUUCUGAAUUUAUGCACAACAAAGAUGGAAAAUAUUAUCAUCCCAAUUUGGGAUUCGGCCUGCCUGACUGUAACCAGAUGAUUGGACUGGGAAGACACUGGAAACAAUUAAAACCAUUAUGCACAGAACCAGUUAUGUUUUCGAAAGAGAAUUAUCACGACAAAGAUCAAGAUUGGUACGUUCGAGUAUUGGCCGACAAUACGUUCUGUAACAUAACAGCAUGCAUAGAGAAGAUGGAAGAAGUCCUGUUUAAAAUUGAGUUCGUAUAUUCAGAACAGCAUCACAUGAAACUCUUGGCUAAAUCGCCUAGUGGAACUGAAUCAACUUUAGCAAACAUGAAACCUUUUGAAAAAGGGGAUAAAGCGAGACAUGUCCGAAAUACGUUCCGGUCCAACCACUUUUGGGGAGAGGACAGUGAAGGUCGCUGGCAAAUUUACAUUGGUUGCAAUUUUUCAGCGGCCUACCCUUUUCCAGCCGAUGAUUGUCAUUUGGCUAACGCACGUUUAGUUAUACAUGGUACGAUAGGAACUGGAAAUACACAGCAAUAUCGCAAUGCGGAUAUAUAUCAAGAGGUUGCUGUAGACAGCAAUGAACUUCCUUCAAAUGCUUCAGAUCGAACACAGAUAGAAAGGCUUGCUCAAAGCUACAUGAUGUAUCCAGCAUCGCCUCUCAAACCACAAUCUGCUGCAAAUGGCAGCGACGAACAACAGGCUGAUCAAUGGAAUGCAUCUAACGACAUGCUCCUUUGUCCACCCUAUUUUGACAAAGCGCUUGGAAUUGACGACUCAUGGAUUAAAUAUAAUGUCACUGGACGUGGAAUUGUUGUGGGAGUUACAGACGCUGGUAUCAAUGCGAACAACACGUUUAUACGAGGAAACAUGAAAUCGGAUUUGUCCUACAACUUUGUAGAUAACAUCACACAAACAGGUCCUACCAGUUCAUUAAGAACAGGUCAUGCGAUUGCGUGUGCCGGACUCAUCGCUCGCCCAAAGACGGGUGAUACAUGUGUUCCUUGUGGAAUAGGUGUUGCACACGGAGCAAAAGUGGCAGAUUUGCAGAUUGCAAGGAGAGGAGAAAGAACUUGGAUGAUUCAAGGCAUGGACUCUGCUAUUAUUUCAAGGGCGUUAGCUUUUAGACGUGAUGCUAUACAGAUAUAUUCAAAUAGUUGGGCUCCACCAAGAGCGUUUAUGAAAUCAGACUUCUAUGUGGAAGAGGUUCUGACUGAAGGAAUGAACAAAGGUCGGCACGGUCUUGGUACAGUUUACGUUUUCCCAGCCGGACAACCUGGAUCUGGUUUUGCCAAUCAUAUUGCAAGCAUUACCGUUGCCUGUUUAGGUGUCAAUGGUUCCGUCGCUGAUGUUAGCGCAGUCAAUGCUGCGACACUCGUGUCUGUGUUUUGCAACGGUAGAAAGAGAAAGGAUCAACGAAUGAUAACAGUCGGAGAAGACGAGACAAUGUGUGGCACAAGCAUCGCCGGUGAAUCUGCUGCAACGGCAAUUGUUUCUGGAAUGAUUGCUCUUCUGUUGGAGGCAAACCCUGUCUUAUCAGCAAGAGAUGUGAAACAUAUAUUAAUUGAAUCAAGCAGCCAUCUAGGGAUACAAGCAACUUCUGAAUUUAUGCACAACAAAGAUGGAAAAUAUUAUCAUCCCAAUUUGGGAUUCGGCCUGCCUGACUGUAACCAGAUGAUUGGACUGGGAAGACACUGGAAACAAUUAAAACCAUUAUGCACAGAACCAGUUAUGUUUUCGAAAGAGAAUUAUCACGACAAAGAUCAAGAUUGGAGCAACUUACUGCCCACUUCCGGGGAGGACUUACUGCUCUCUUCCGGGAGCAACUUACUGCCCACUUCCGGGGACGACUUACCGCCAACUUCCGGGGGCGACUAA